AAUCGUGCUAUUAUCUUCUUAAUUAGUGCCACUAAUCCCAUGGGAGUCUAGGAGGGAAAAAGGGCAAAAUUGGGGCCUUCAUCAAAAUUGGCGCCUUCAUAAACCCCCUAAGCUCUAGGGUUCUCUCUCUCUCUCUUUCUCUGUUCCCUCCCAAUUCGAAAAAUUCGGAGGGAAUCCAAGAAGAAACUAGAGGGCGGAGAAUUGGAGCUCCGAAGCUCGGUCCGUUAGUCUCGUGAUAUCGGGAAGAAUUUGGCCUCUGUCAGAAGCUCCCGAGCGCUUGCAGUUGGAACCAAUCGGAUUGGGGCACAAGGCUUCGGUUUUGACGACCAUGAACGUCCCCAUUAUCGAUCCGUUGCAGGGGGAUUUCCCCGAAGUGAUUGAGGAGUAUCUCGAACAUGGCUUGAUGAAAUGCAUUGCUUUCAAUCGGCGAGGAACUCUUCUCGUGGCUGGCUGUGCUGAUGGGAGUUGUGUUAUCUGGGACUUCGAAACAAGGGGAAUUGCCAAGGAACUGCGUGAUAAUGAUUGUGUUGCUCCCAUAACGAGUGUUUGUUGGUCGAAGUAUGGACAUUUUAUCCUUGCUGCUGCUGUUGAUAAGUCUCUGACACUUUGGGAUGUUGUUAGUGGGGAGAAGAUUACCCGUGUGCCUUUACAGCAAAACACACUUCAUGCACGACUACAUCCAGGUUCCUCUAGGCCAACUUUGUGCUUGGCUUGCCCCCUUGCAUCUGCACCUGUUCUUGUGGACUUGAAUACUGGUAGCACAACAGUUCUUCCAGUUUCAGCGCCUGAUACCGGCAAUGAUUCUUUACCCCUUCCUCGUAAUAAAUUUGCUGAUGGGUCUCCACCAUUUACUGUGUCCUCAGCAAGUUUCAAUAAACAUGGAGAUUUAAUAUAUGUUGGCAAUUCCAAAGGAGAGAUCCUUGUAAUGGGCACAAAUGAUAGAAAUGUGAAAGCUGUUGUUUCUGUUCCAGGGGGUUCUGUGAUUAAGAAUAUUGUUUUCAGUAGGAAUGGACAGUACUUACUCAUAAAUUCAAAUGACCGUGCUAUACGGGUUUUUGAAAAUCAUCUUCCUCAGAGGGAGGCCUCAAAAGCACUGGAUGAAAUAAGUGAAAGUUUUGAAGAGCUGCAAUAUGGUGAGAAGCUCAAGUGGCUGGGAACUAAAUGUUUAACAUUUUUCCGUGAGUUUCAGGAUUCUAUCACACGAAUCCAAUGGAAGGUCCCAUGCUUUAGUGGUGAUGGAGAAUGGGUAGUUGGUGCAUCGGCAAGCAAAGGAGAACACAAGAUAUAUAUAUGGGCUAGAAGUGGACAUUUUGUGAAAAUGCUAGAAGGUCCAAAGGAAGCAUUAACUGAUCUGGCAUGGCAUCCACUGCAGCCACUAGUGGCUUCUGUCUCCAUGUCUGGGUUAGUGUAUAUCUGGGCUAAAGACCACACUGAGAAUUGGAGUGCUUUUGCUCCUGAUUUUAAGGAACUUGAAGAAAAUGAGGAGUACGUUGAGAGAGAAGAUGAAUUUGACUUGAUGCCUGAAACAGAGAAGGUGAAAACAUCAGAAGUCAAUGAAGAUGAAGAAAUUGAUAUUAUGACAGUAGAGAAAAAUUCAUCUUUUAGUGAUUCAGAUGCAGAGGAAGAGCUAUCCUUUUUGCCUGCAAUACCUUUGCCUGAUUCUCCAGAGCAGCAGGACAAGUAUACAGGGUGCCCAUCAAAAAUAGAUGAAAGUACUCAUUCCGACUCGCCAUUCUCUGAGGAAGUUAGAGUGAAUGGGAUAGAGGCAAAUGUGGAAGCAAGUCCCACAGAAGGGGAUGCAAGUUUGAAUGUCCCUAUAAAGAGAAAAAGGAAAUUAUCCGAGAAGGGUGCUGAAAUGCAGGCAGCAAAAAGUCGCAAGCCAUUGCUGAAGCUGAAAGCUUCCUCCAAGUCGAAGAUGGGCAAAAAAACUAAGGAAACAAAAAAUACGACAAGCUCUUUAUGUGAGGUUUCUGGAUAGGGAUGGCUCCUCUUAUCCUGAGUUUGAGAUUCCGUCUUGCAAGUUGCAACACUUUCACAAAGCGAAGUCGGAGGCUCCUGAAGGUCUUAGGGGGAAAUGACAAGCUUUUACAUUGCUGUGGUGGUGACCGUAAGCAUGGUAUGUAGAAAGAUGAGCAUGAAUGAGGUCUCCAAGACCCAGGUGUGAUUUCUCUGCAUAAGCGAUGCAUGUCUAAUUCACCUUGGAGAAAAUUAUUAUUAUUUGUGUGCAAGAUAGCAGGAGCUCUGCUCAAUACAGGCGAAUCGUUUCCUAGUUGCCUUUAUGUUUCCUUCAUGGAGCAGCUUCUCCUUCAUCCUAGUCUAGCUGAGGCAUUAAAUGUUUCCGAUCACCAGUGCAGAACCACAUGUUUGUAAACCGAAGUUUAAAUCGUGCAAGCUUGCACGGUCCAACACUUUCUGUGAAGGAAACCUGUUAUAUUGUAAUGAUCCACAACAUGAAUGCUUAUUUCUGAACCAAAAAGUGACAGAAAAUGGUUACCAUUUACAGCAGUUACUGUAAUUGUGGAAAACUUGAUAUUGUACAAUGGUGGAUGUGAAAAGUGUACUUUGAUUUCUA